CUCUUAUUUAUUUUAUUUUGUUCUAGGUUGUCUAUAUAUCGCUUGCCCCGUCUGACCAUUUUCGGUUUCUGGAAGCACAGCAUCGAUAUCUGAAUAACAUCACAGUCCUCUCACCACCUGCACACCACGACCUCUCCAUCUACAGCAGUAAUCUCGUCUCACCAUCUGGCACCCCCUUAACAUAUCCACACGCCCCGAGCAUAAAGAUACAAUAUCACCACCUCAGCCUUUCAAGCACCACCAUCAGUCAACCAUCGACUCUGCAAAACCUCACAAUGGCCGACAUAUCAUUCGACUACUUUGAUCAUCCCCAGAACAAACAGCACCUUGUUCCUACAUCCUUCUACGACCCUGCAGACUUCAGCGGUGAUUCGGCCCAUUCUCCCGACUCACCACUCUCGCCCGUCUUCAACAACCCAUAUCAGCUCCCCGUCUCAAACGACUGGGUCAACUGGGACGACAAGGCUACGCUAUCACCUGAUCUCGACGCCCUCCCCAAGCAAGAGCCCUUUGAAGGCAUCAACCUCUCCACCAUCCCAUCAAGGAACAGCAUGGAGCUCAGCCCCGCCAUCAACCCACACGACCUCUCCGGCACCAUCCCCGAUGCCGUCCCCUUCGGCAGAGUAGGUCUGAAUGACAUCGACACUCAGCCUCUCUUCCAAACUCCCAUCCCCUCCAUCUCCUCUCAACCUCCUCAUCUUCAGUCCAACAUGAUGCACUCUGCCUCCAACCCAUCUCAGAUGUCCUCCUCCCUCAGCAGCAUCAACUCCAAGGAUGCCAACGGUCGAUAUCCCUCCCGCAAGCGCAAGUCCUCCGGCUCCGGAAGCUCUUCCUCCCGCUCAUCUACCUCUCCUCCACCCGCGACGCGUCGCCACUGCUCUCCUCCCAAGAAGACAGCCCAUAAUAUGAUCGAGAAGCGAUACCGCACCAACCUCAACGACAAGAUCGCCGCCCUUCGCGAUUCCGUCCCCGCUCUCCGCGUCAUGGUCCACCGUCUCGAGCAGCCCUGCACCGAGAACAUGGACGAGGACGCCGACGAGGAUCUCGGCGGACUCGCACCAGCACACAAGCUCAAUAAGGCGACCAUCCUCAGCAAAGCGACCGAGUACAUCGCGCAUCUCGAGAAGAAGAACAAGAGCCUCGCCCGGGAGAACAGUCAGCUACGGAAUCGCGUUGAGGGAUUCGAGAUGAUCGUCAUGUCGCGAGAUCAGGGACCCCCAGCAGGAGUCUGGGCAUAGAAAGAGAAGAGAUAGAUUUGUGUGCUUUUGCUUUGUUGCGAUAUUAUUAUUUGGAUCGGCACAACUAGAAACGCAAUGCUUCGAGCUUGUGUGAUGAAUCAUGAUAUCAGGCGUUUACUUCUGGCGUUCAAGAGAUAGGUUGGGACGGCAUUGUGUUAUUUUGGCGCAUUGAGCGGACAUUCUGUCAUCAUAUGGGCUUCUACAUAAAAUACAGGAAUGGUUCCUGGAUAGUAUAAACAAUCUCCAAUACAUCUAAUGUCCUCUUCAAUCUCAUUCUCUCAGUGACACUUUGCCUACUUUGCGACUUCCGCCUCUGCUUAACUUGGAC